AUGGCCAACAACAGCCCCGAAAACGUCCUCUCCGCCCACAACCUCAGCACGCUCAUCGUCUCCAGCCUACCCACCACAACCUCAAGCAUAAAGAAUCCCUACGAAGCCAUAGCCCUCGCCUCCCACGCCGCAAUGACAGCCGUAGGAUUCCGGCUCGUAGGCUUAGGCGAAGACCACAAGCUCGAAACCACACCACCCUCCGAUCAAGCGGAGCCCGCACCAUUACCAGCAGACUGGAAUGCGAGUAAAGGAAGCUAUGCAUUUCGGUAUGCGCAUAGGCAAAGUAGUAUGGAAUUCCUGGUGAAGGUGAAUAGUAUGGGCAAUAAAGCCGUAGUCAUGGGGAUGGGCAUGGGUGAUGAUCGGACCAAUUCUUUCGAUGUGCGGGUGCAGGACUACAUUUCUGAUGGGAAUUUGCCAGCAACGCCGAUGGGCGAGGAUGGCAAUGGGGAUAAGGAGGAGGCGGCAAGGAGAGUGUAUAAUGUCUUCAUUUCGAGGGGACGGCUGAGCGAUCUCGCGAAUUUGAUGAGGUUGAAGUUGAUUCAGAAAUUGGUGCCUAGUCUGCAUAAGGAGGGUUAUGAGGAAAGCGCUAGUUCGAGUUCUACGGCGACUCAGCAGGAAGGUGGGAGGAGCGGAAGGGACCCAGCGCCUGGUCGCGAGCCACGAGGACCAGGCUAUGACCCACUGCGUGAAGACCGCGAUCCCCAACCUGCUCGACCCUUUCCAUUACACGACCCUCUCGCACACCCUCGUGGACCCAGACGACCAAUGCCAGAACCCAUGCCAGGCUUCGAAGACGAAUUCGAGACACAACGAGGUCCACGCGGUGGCAUGAUGCCGGGCGGCUAUCCACGAAUAGGCGAGCGCGAUCUCUACCCUCAAGGCCUAGGUCCAAACGAUCCGUUCCGAGGAGGCGUGAGUCCAGGUCUUGGUGGAAUUGGAGGAGGCGGUAUGCAUCCAACCUUUGACGAUCCUUUGUUCGCGGGGCAAGGACAAGGAGGAGGCGGAUAUGAUCCUCGUGCUCCCCCAGGUAGCCGGUACGAUCCUACAGGUCCUGGCAUGGGUGGUCAUCCAAGAGGUGCAGGUAUAGAUGGACGGCCACCGAACCCUUUCGGUGGUUUUGGCCGGAACGACUUCACCUAA